UUACAUACAGAGGCUGGCAACGAUGUAGCAACCGAGUGAGACUUUAAACUUUAAUCAUGAGAAUUAAAUAACAAUAUUUAGCUAAACUUCAACAUAACAAUCAGAAUGUUAAAUGUAUAUUUAAAAUGUAAUGUAGUAUUUAUUAUAAUUAUGAGUUAUCGUUACAUAUAAAAAAUUUGAAAUGUCAAUUUUAAAGAGAGCACACACUUGGGAAAUCUCAGAUUCAGAGAAUGAGAGUGACGUAAAACUCGAUCAUAGCGAUCAGGACGCGAACUCGAGCCGUUCAGCCGCAUGCAGGAGCUCCGCUGAGCCGACCGAUGAAGUGAAGAACCCCGAGAGGAGGAGGAGGAGGAGGACACGAGAGGAGCUGCAGGAGGACACAGAGAGGAGAAAAGCUUAUAGAGAGAAAAAGAGAGAAGAAAAGGAGAAGCUUAAAGAACAGAAACUACGGGAACAACAGAAACGAAAAGAGGCAGCAGAGAAACUAAAUCUUUUAAAACCAGAAAACUUCAUCAAGAGUCUCACUGUUCGCAUACAUACAGGGUUGUUACAGGACGCAGGUUGUGAUAUGUUGCUCGAGACUUUAGAUGGUUUGGCAUUGAUGAACCGUAUUGAGGAUAAGAGUCUUCACAACAGCAUCAGAUGGACACGAAAGGCUCUUCAUGCGACUGAGCAAGCGGAUAAAAAUGGAGUUGUUGAAGAAGAUCAGGUUCUGAUGGUGAUCUCCCAGAAUGAGUUUAAUGACAUGGUGACAUCACAUAAAAAAGACACCGAUCAGAUGGCUCUCAUUGGUGAAGUAAAAGAGGAGGCGGAGUCACUGCUUCAGCAUCUCUCUGAAUACUUGAAAAGAAUGGCUGGAAAAGUUGUUACAAUUUUAGUGACUGGUCAACAUCAAAGAGGAGGAUCCUGGGAUGAAGAUGAUCCUCACCUCUAUCAUGAGAAUCUGGAGGCAGAAGAGUUGUUGGUUCACCUCCAACUUUGCUGGAACGUUGCUGUUUACUUUAUGUUUGGCUGGGAAGAAGUGACAGAUCAUGUGAUCGCAGUUACCAAAGCUUUAUCCAAGAGACCUUACAAGGUUUUGUGUGGUGAUCCCGAGCUGGGGUUCUGUAUGGACGGCUCAUGGUCAGGAGGUGCGCGGGUGGAGAGAGAUGGCCGCGGCCUCGCCCAGGUGUGGACACGUCAGAUACAGCAGCUGAAGCGCGUCAGUGUUCCCACGGCCAAAUCUGUGUCGACCGCCUACCCCUCACCUUCCCUUUUAAUGCAGGCCUAUGAGGAUCUGCCGUCUGAGGAGGAGAGACGCAAACUAUUGGCUGAUCUCACUGUUGGAAGUGGAGCCAAAGAGAGACGUGUCGGUCCUGAUGUCUCAGGCCGUAUAUAUCGCCUCCUGACGUCUCAGAAUCCUCAACUUCUGCUGGAUUAAGACAGGAAUUCAUUCAUUUUGCACUUUAUUGCUAACUGACUUCUGACUUCAGUCAUUUUUACAUUGAAUGCACUGUUAAACGCAAAAGGACUCAAGUGCAUUUUAUGUUUAUAUUUGAUCAGUAUGUGGAUAAACUCGAUAUUAAACCCACAAUUGAGCCGCAUGAUUCAAGAUAUGAGUGGAUGAGAUUUUUGCAAAAGUUGAAGACUAAGGGUUAAACUGACACUUUCACAAAUUAUGAUCAGAGCAAAUAAGAGUCUACAAAAAACAUCCAAUCAUGUUGUUUGGUUUAAUUUUUUGCUUCAGAUAAGGAAUCGAUAAGAAAAAAAGUACAAAAUGUAUUUACUUGUUACUCUUAGACAGUCAGUAUAUAACAAACAAUAUAAUAUCAUAAUAAACCAUAAACACAAGAGACGGAAACUUAACUAAUAAAAAAGAAUAAAUAAAUACAUACCUUAAAAUCAAUGCAAUACACAAACUAAAGGGUUAAAAUCAGAUAUGUAUUUAGAGUAGUAGUGAUUUGGUUAAAAAUGACGUUAUACUGCCACAAUAAUUGACUGAAUAAUUGAUCAGUGAUCAGAUAUUGAUCAGUGAUGUCAUCAUUUGAGAUUUCAGAAAGUCAUACUCAGACCUCAGCAAAGGCAAUUUAUUUAUACGUAAGUUGAGGUAUAAGAUCAUUUUAUCCUGUAUCUUCAUGUCUGAGCAAAUAAAUAAAUAAUGCUUUACAACAUAGAAAUUAUAUUUGAACAGAUCUGCGUGGUUUUGAGGUUCCUCAUAAAUAAUCCACACAACAAAAUACUUCAAAACCAAUCAAAGAGCUUCAGAUAAAACUGAAAAAUACUCCAGUGAUGACAAAUGUUUGGCAUUGAUCGACUUUUACUGUUUAAAUUCAAUAUUUUUCCACCUAAUUCUCAAACUUUCAGCAAAACAGUGUCACUUGACUAGAAAUAUUGGCAUUGAAAAUUAUAAAAUUUAUGAGCAAACUUGUUAUAGGAAAAA